AAAAAACGCACCGCGCAUCAUUGGUCCAAUAAAAUGGCAUGUUUCCUCUCCUGCUUCCUUGCAUAGGCCCUCAACAACGCACUGGCUCGCUUCUAAUCCCUUUUUGAUGAACUUGGUUAAUGGACCUCCUGCAGCGACUUUGGCUCUGUUCAUUAGGCAGCACACGACCUUCUCCACGCCCCCGGAUCACGCUAGACGCGUCCCCGUGUCCCCUCGGGUCCAUAAAUUCCCGUCCCCAAGUUGGAGAGGUUUGAAACUUGAGGCUUCCUUCCCGGCGCUCUCUGGUUCUGGUUCAGAAGGGGAAGAGGCCAGGGAGCCAUGCCACCGCGUAAAAGCCUGUUUGGGCCCUUCAACCCGGGAUCCCCCGAGGGUGAGGUGGGCUGCGCGGCCCCCGCGGACCUCAGCGGGGACAUCCACGCCCUGCUGCAGCGGUCCCGAGCGCAGGAGCAGAGCGAGGCGGCGCGCUCCAGAGACGGCCGCGACUUCUGCGAGGCUCCGUGCGCCAUCGUGGAGCUCCGGCUGGGCUCCGCCGGGAGCGCGCUGCGCUAUCUGCAGCCGGACAGGUGCGCCCUGGAGCGGGCGCAGCGGCGGCGGCGCCUGGCCGCCAACGCCCGCGAGAGGAGGAGGAUGCUCGGCCUGAACGUCGCCUUCGACCGGCUGCGCAGCGUCAUCCCGAACCUGGAGAGCGAGAAGAAGCUGUCCAAAUCCGAGACUCUGCAGAUGGCCCAGAUUUACAUCAGCACCCUGACCGAGCUGCUGCAGGACGGAGCCGGGACGUGCGGGUCUUCGGAACCGAACAGAACCGGACCGGGAGCCGACGCCCGGAACGCGGAGAGGAGCAGAUAA